AUGAAUUUUGAAUUUGAGAGGGAGAUUGGGUUUAUAAACAGCCAGCCUUCGCUCGCCGAGUGCCUGACUUCCUUCCCCGCUGUCUUGGAGACAUUUCAAACUUCAUCAAUCAAGGAGUCGACAUUAAUUCCUCCUCCUCCUCCUUUCGAGCAAACCAUCCCCAGCCUCCAGCCGGGCGCCUCCACCCUUCAGAGACCCCGGAGCCAAAAGAGAACCGACGAUGGGCCGGCUCCGCCGCCGCCGCCGCCACCACAGCCGCCUCUCUCUGCUGCUCCCCUUGCUCCCGAAUUCCCCUGGAUGAAAGAGAAGAAAUCGACCAAGAAACCCAGCCAAUCGGCCUCAUCCCCUGCCCCAGCUUCCUCCACAGUGCCGGCCUCUGGAGUUGGAUCACCCGCAGAUACCCCUGGACUGCAGGACAGCAGCAGCGGCGGGGCCCGGAGACUUCGCACAGCCUACACAAACACGCAACUGUUGGAGUUGGAGAAGGAAUUCCAUUUUAACAAAUACCUGUGCCGGCCCCGCCGGGUGGAGAUAGCCGCGCUGUUGGACUUGACUGAAAGGCAGGUCAAAGUGUGGUUCCAGAACCGGCGAAUGAAGCACAAACGACAGAACCAGCAUAAGGAACCUCUGGAUGGUGAAGCUGCUUACCCUGGGGCUCUGGAGGAGGGCAGCGACCCAGCGGAGGAGCCCGAGGGCAGCCCAGCCCUGGGUCAAGCUCUAGACGCCCCAUUGCCAUCUCUAGGGGAUAAAGAGGCCUGUUCUCUCCCCACUAAGCCCAUUCUAGGUCAGCCGGGACCUCGGCUGCAGUCUGCCCCAUCGGAGAAUUCGAACGCUGAGAGUCCUCAGUAUCCAGAGGGCAGGCCAGGAGCACUGGAACCCGAAGCUCUCCUGGAUGACUCAUUCCCCGAAGGGCAGGAUUCUCCCUUCUUGCCCGAUCUCAAUUUCUUUGCUUCAGAUUCCUGUUUCCAGCUCUCGGGAGAACUUUCCCCUAACCUGCAGGGCUCCCUGGACAGUCCAGUUCGAUUCUCUGAGGAAGAUUUGGAUUUUUUCACCAGCACACUCCGAACCAUCGACUUAGAACACCUACAAUUCCAAUAAUACCCCUUCCCCCAAACGCACACCCCAUCCAUUCCCUCUCUCUUCACUUUGUACCAGGGAGUACUCUUCCUAGAUUAGAGGACUCCUGUCCCCUUCUCUCCCCGUUCUCCAUUCCCAUAGGAUCCUUUAUAAGUUUUGCUAAAAAUUCAGGUAUUGUCGAAUUUGAGUCUUAUCGGGUUCCUUUCCUCUCUC